AGCUACAUAUGUUAAAAGUUUUGAAGGUGCAAAAAAUAUAAAUCAGCUAUGACCUGAGUUUAAAAUGACAAAAGACGAUGCUAGAAAGCGUCUAGCACGAAUUAGAUGUUUAUUUGACUGCGUACAGUCGAUACGAGACGGGAAAGAGUUACCAGACGCUCUGUGCUUCGUACCCAAUUGUGUUGACUACAAAUUUCAAAGUGAAAGGACAAUUCCACUUGUAAUUAGAGAUUCUCCUUCUUCAUCGUCAACAAAAAUUGGUGAAAUUCCUUGUAAAGUAAGUACUAGGUUUACCACCAGUGGCGAGGAAUACUGGAAUGAUGAAGGUCUGUGGCUACGACUUAUUCCUGAGAGUUUAAAGAAAUUUGAUGUAGAAAGCAAUCACUCAGCAGGGUGGGUAUUUAUUCAAUCUCGUGAUAGCAAAGUUAAAGACGAAGUUGAUGUUGUGACCGUGAGCUCGAAGAAAAAACAUGCAAACCCUGUUCUAACAAACUGGGAAAGUGCAGUUGAUACAUGUUACUCCCUGAAUAUUUCUCAAAAUGUUGAGUUGCAUGGACAAGCUGACCUUGAGGCCAUGAAGAAGUUAAAGUUUCCUCCUCAGAAUUGGAGCCUGGAAGCUGACGAGGAAUUGGCUCGUUUUAUCAGUCAAUAUGUUACAAUUCAGAAAGAGGCAACAUUGGGUAAUCUAAGUCAGUAUGUUGAAUCAAUUGAGGUGUCAUCCCAAAGUCAAUAUAUUUCAGCAUUGACAGAUGGUGAUGUUGUAACAUAUUGGGAAUCCGAUGGAUCUCAGGGUCAACAUUGGAUACGUCUUAAAAUGAAGACUGGGACAAUCAUCAAACAGUUGUUUGUGAAUGUGAAUAGUAAUGAUGAUAAUUAUAUGCCAAGUAGAUUUCAAGUACAAGGUGGAGAAACUGGCAAUUUGAAGGUCUUGAAUGAUGUCACUGUAGAUUCAGACAAAACUGGUAAUGUUCUAAUACUUGAAGAUAUGACCCAGCACCAUCCUGUUAUUCAAAUAUGGAUAAAGGACUGUAAAGAUGAUGGAAUUGAUACCCGUAUCCAUGGUAUCAAAAUAGUCUCAACUGAUGAGAAAGAACCAGGUUUGAGUGCAGACACUUUCAAGAAUAAGACCAAGAUUAUCCGAUUCCCUAAGUUGGAGCAUGUCCGUGCAGAUUUAUUAUAUCACAGAGCAAGAAGUUUAUUGAGAUUUGUUUCUCUGUUGGACAGUGUCCUUCCUUUCAUUUUUCCAAUUUGGAAGUUUACCAUUGGCUCAUACACAAGUCUUGAAAUGAUUAGGCAGUUACUUCCACUCUCGCAUCGUAGGAUUACAUUGAUUGAUGAGCUUAUCCUUGAAUCACAAUCAUGUGUUACCCUCCAAAAUGUUCCAAAAGUUGUUCUCAACCGUCAUACAGCUGCAGAACAUCGAGCAAACCCCGCUAGUGACCCAGAGGGAAAGCGAACAAUUUUUUAUCAGCUAUAUGAAGCAUUAAAACCUGAUAGAUGUGGAGUUACACUAGAUUUUCGUUGGUCAAACCGCUAUGAACAGUGGUGGGAAUGCAAGUUUAUCUCAGAGGGUAUUAUUGACCAAGGAGGUGGCUUUCGUGAUUCCCUGUGUGAUCUUGCUGAAGAACUUUGUCCUAGUUCUGCAGAUUCGUUGCUGCCAUUGCCUUUAUUUAUUCGCAGUCCAAACCAGCUAUAUGAUUCAUCUAAUGUUUAUCGUGAUGGCUAUAUUCCCAACCCAUCAUGUAAAUUUUUUGAUCAGUAUGAAUGGCUUGGAAUGUUGAUGGGUGGGCACUUGCGUGGAAGGGAGAGCUUAUUGUUAUCAUUUCCAAAAUUUGUGUGGAAACAGUUGCUUGGUGAGAAAGUAUCAUGGGUAGAAGAUUUUGUCACAGUUGAUGCAUCAUUGGUGAAGUUGGUCGAAUCUAUUAAAGAAAUGGAGAAGGAAAAGUUUGAGGAAAAGUUUAGUGAUGUUCUCACAUAUACAACAGUUUUAAGCAAUGGCACAAUUAUUCCUCUUAACUCGAAAGGUGAAGAUGAAACUGUUAAAUAUGAAAAUCGCAUAGAGUACACCGAGCUUCUUCAAGAUGCAAGAAUGAAAGAGAGUAAAGAGCAAAUCAGUGCAAUUCGUUGUGGGUUAACUAAAGUUAUACCUGUUUCCUUGCUUGGACUUCUAACAUGGCAAGAACUUGAGCUAAAGGUAUGCGGAAAUCCCAAGGUCAAUGUUGAAGAUCUUCGCAAGACAACAUUUUGUGAAGACCUGUUGGAGACGGAUGAGAGAGUGAAAUUUUUCUGGAAAGCAAUGGAAAGUUUCAGCAAUGAGGACCGGAGUCGUUUUCUGAGAUUUGUGACUGGCAGACGUCGAUUGCCUGCACACAUGACAUUGUGUGCUGCAAAAUCAACUGCUCCUAUUGAUUCAUUACCCGAAGCUGCAACAUGUUCUGGUACUUUAUUUCUUCCCUGUUAUUCAUCUUAUGCUGCAGCUGAAGAGAAAUUCCGUUAUGCUGCAUACAAUUGUGUAGCUAUUGACACAGAUGGCUCAUGGGAUGAGUGACAACAUGUUAGUUAUGUGUUACGUUUAAAUUGUUUUCUAUGAAUUUAGUAGUUUGUUAUUAUGCACUUUGAAAGAAUCAGUUAGAAAUGUAUACCUAAAGAAAUAUGCAGCAUAGCUGAAGACUGAUCCAGUGAUGUUGAAUUGUAUUUGAUAUGUAAAAUUGAGUGGUUUAUAAGGUGUUAAUAUACACAGGAAUUUAUCCUUUGGUAGAUAUAUAACAAUUGAAGUGACUGCAGUAUUUUAAUGCAUAUUAAUUUUUUAUACGCUUUCAUGUAGGUUUUGGUAUAGUUAGCAUUUACAAUGAUAUUCUGAUAUUAAAUGUUAGU